AUCGUGUGGUGGUGAGAUCCUGUGACGGGGGGUCGUUCUCGGGCAAUGUCGAGAAGCCUGACCCCGCCAUGGACCUGUACUACCGGGGGGGCGAGGAUUUUCCGGGCUGUCGUCGAGGAGCUGAUCGAUGACGAAAGGGCUCGGAGGUGCCCGUAACGUCCUCCUUGCCGGGGGUUCGUCCGGCGGUCUCGGCGUCAUGGUGCACUGCGACCGCUUCCGGCGCCCUUUCCCGGAGAAUGUGAGAGUGAAGUGUCUCGCCGACAGCUCGCUCUUCCUCCGCGUCCGAGACCCCCGGCGUGCGGCCUUCUUUGAUGACGUCUUCUGCGAUGUCGUGAGCUUGCACCGUCCGGACAACGCGUUGCCCAGACGGUGCACGGCGAAAAUGGGGGCGGGGGCGUGUUUCAUCCCCCGAAACCUGGUUCGGUACAUCGAAUCACCGUUUUUCCUUAUGAACUCGGCAUUCGAUUCGUUCCAGGUCACGAACACGUUCUCCAAGCCCUUGCACGGCCGCGUCAUGAACCACAGGGUUGGCCGAGGGGACUUGGCUCUCCUCCGAGACUUUCGGGGGCAAACAAUCAGAGCCCUGCCCCGACCAAGCCGCAUGAAGGGGUAUCUAAUCACAUCCCUCUUCAUUCACAGGCUUGGUACGGUGCAGGGCUACAAAGGGCCAAAGUUUCCCGGACGAAAGUCCAAGUCUUUUGAGAGUGCAUUGGUCGAUUGGUUUUUCGAUCGAGCGACUAAUGUUCGCUUCAUAGACCCCUCUAAACAGCCCUUCUAUGAGCCUCCCCGUGUAGUCAAGGAUUAAGGAGAAGACAUCAACUUCAAUAAAUAAGUUCAGUUGAUGUAAUUAAUGUAUCAUUAUCUAUUUGUCAUUAACUAUUUAAUGAAUAUUAUUGAACUUC